UGCCCGGUGCGAUGAGAAGAGUUGAAGCUUCUCAAUCUCUGGCGGUACUGAUGAGCCGAGAUAGAUCCGUGGUGUCAUCAAUGCCAUCGGAAGCAGCGGAUAUGGCCUCCAGCAAUGAAGAUGCAACCAUGAGAUGCAGGCAAUGGCUUCAAUACAAUACAUGGUCGAAAGGACACGUGGUUACAAAUUACGUAGUCUUGAGGACACGUUUCAGUCAAUUUCAGUUGCCAACGCGACCAUCCGUCCCCACAGCGACCAGCAUGCGAUAAAACCUACAGCAAUUUUGCGAAAAUGACAUAAACCCCAUCAAAACCUCUCUCGUAGAGAAAGGAGAAAAUGCCUCUUCUUCUCAAACGCUCUCUUGCAUUUCACGGAAUCCUCUCAAAUUCUAGAAAUUUCCAUUUCUCUCCGUCAAAGCUCUUAUCUCAGCAGCAGCAGCAGACCCCACAGUACAUCGACGAAUCAGGACCCUUGGCUUCCCUUCUGAAGACCCGAUCCGUUAUCAGGUUCCGAGGCCCCGACACCGUGAAAUUCCUUCAAGGCCUCUUGACAAACGACGUUAGGCGAUUCUCCGAACGGCCUGAAGGAAAGGCGGCGGUUCUUGCGACCCCGAAUCUUCCGCUCGAAUCAACGCCUCCCGUCUACGCAGCGAUGCUCACUCCUCAGGGGAGGUUUCUCUAUGAUCUCUUUCUCUAUCAGCCUUCUCGGCCAGAUGUGAAGCUCGACAGGACUGGCUCGGGCCCUGGUCCAGAUCUGGACGGUGAUUCGCUUUCCUUAUUUGCUGAUGUUGAUGCCACUGUCCUGGAUGAGCUAUUGGAUUCCUUCAAAAAAUACCGACUGAGGUCAAAGGUUGAUAUAGAGAAUGUCUCAGAAGAAUUUUCAUGCUGGCAACGUUUUGGUGGGAACCUUUCUGGCAAGGCCUCAUCGGCAGCAGAAGAUCCCGAAGCUGAUGCUGUUGGCUGGGGCGGUGGUGUAGAUCAGGUUGGUAUAUCAGCUGCACAGGGAAAUAAUCUUGGAUGGCAGUGGCUCAAGGAUCCAAGACUGGACUCCCUUGGAUUCAGGGGAAUUUUCCCAUCCAAUAGUACCCCACCAUUGGUUGAGUCUGACAAGGAAACAAAUGAAGAGCUUUACAUGCUAUGGAGGAUAGAAAGAGGUGUAGCAGAGGGCUCGACCGAGAUUCCAAAAGGUGAGGCUAUUCCUCUUGAAUACAAUCUCGCAGGUUUGAAUGCAAUAAGCUUUGACAAGGGAUGCUAUGUGGGCCAGGAGCCUGUGGCUCGCACGCACCACCGUGGUGUCAUUCGCAAGCGUUUGCUUCCUCUAAAGUUUGUUGACAAUGAUGGCAAAGAACUGGAGGAGAAGGUUGCCGCAGGAUCGGAAGUGGUUUACGCUGCAUCUGACAAGAAGGUGGGAACUGUGAUGACUGCACUUGGGUGUCGAGGGUUGGGUCUGUUGAGACUAGAAGAGGCCUUCAACCAGUCAAGUGUGUUAAGCAUCAAGGGACAAGAAGAUGCUAAGGUUAAGGCCAUUCGGCCAGAAUGGUGGCCUGCAGAAUGGUUGCCACAACAUGAGCAGCAUAGUGCUGUUGCGUAGAGCUAAGUUGGGGACUUGUACUUGAAACCUUGGGUCCCGGUGACUGAAGUCCCCAUUUAGUUGAAAUUCAGAUCAAUCAAGGAUGUUGACGGUUCGUGAUGGAUGGUGAUGAUCACACGUGGCUGAAUCAAGGAAUAAAGGAAAUCAAACCAAAGAAUUGAGUACUCCGGUAAUGAUCCAAAUGAACUAGUUGGCUGAACCCAACUUGGAAUGCACUAGUUGAAAGAGCCCAGUUGGAUGUAGCUCGACCUGUCAGGUUGUAUGAUACUGUGAGCUUAGAUUCUCACGUGUAUGUUGUAGAGGAAUAGAUAUUUAUGUUGGCUUGGUGGCUGUUAUUAUUAUUAUUAUUAUCAUU